UCUUCACACAGUCACAGAUUUCUGAGACUUCUUUGUCUGAUCCACUGUUGUGUGAUAGAAGACGACAAGUUCAGUGUAAAGAUACACUGAACGCCUCGUUGUCUCACUCAAAAAAAAACUACUUGUUUCGCUGAAUCUGCUUUUUGGCCUUGUCAGCCUAAGCAGUCACAUAUUUUCAUUGUGUCAUACGGAAGUUUUGACCGCCUUGCCCCACUACUUACAGGGUCUGAGCGACACUUAUCACUUUAUCGCUCAAAUUUAAAUUGUCCCGCCACCUCACAUCAGUCUCUUUGGGAGCACGUUAUUCCAGAAUUUGUGAGAAAGCGUUUGCUUCAGACCGUUCAAAAUGUCUGCACGAGCAAAUGUCGCGCAGUCACACCCUUUUACCUGUAACACAUGUCAGGUUGCGUUUCGAAGCAGCGAGUUGCAGCGCGGCCACAUGCACAGCGACUGGCAUCGAUACAAUUUAAAGCGCCGAGUUGCUUCAUUGCCGCCUCUUGCUUCGGAGGCAUUCGCAGAAAAGGUUUUGUCUGCACAGGCGUCCACCACUGCCGCUGCCGCAAAGGCUGCCUUUGAAAAGAGCUGUGAUGCCUGCCAAAAGACAUACUAUAGCGAAAAUGCGUACGCGAAUCACCUUGGUAGUCAAAAGCACCGCGCAAACGCUUCUGCGUUGAAGAACCGGCCAGCGACCAACAAGCAGGAUGAUGAGACACAGUCUGUCAUGAGCUCGACGUUUUCGCUUGGCGAGCCGGUGGAAGUUGGUUCGACUAUCGAGGAAACACCCGCGGCGGAGAAGGAAUUCAGCAACGUUGUGGACAGCUUAAAGAAUGCAACUAUCAAUGACAAGGAGCCAAUCUCACGGCGGCCCACUCGACCUCACCACAGCUCGCAAGACGCCAGACCCGAGCAUCCAUUGUCCCAAACGACUACCGAGACCGAAAAGGCAGAUAACGAAGAUGAAGACGCAGACGGCGAAGAAACCGAGGAAUCUGUGCCUCUAUCCAAGUGUCUUUUCUGCAACCUCGAGUCUCCCAGUCUCGAUGUCAACGUCACACACAUGAGCAAAAACCACGGCAUGUUCAUUCCUGAGCGACCAUUUCUUGUUGACCUCGCUGGCUUGGUCAGCUAUUUGUACGAAAAGAUUGCGGACCUUCACGAAUGUUUGUACUGCGGAAAGUUCAAGUCUACGGCAGAGGGUGUGCAAACGCACAUGCGUGACAAGGGUCACUGCAUGAUUGCCUACAGCACCGAACAAGAAAUGCUUGAGAUUGGUCAAUUUUACGAUUUCCGAGGCACCUACUCUGAUGAAGAGUCGGAAGAGGACUCGGAAUCAUAUGACUCCGAGGAAGAAGACGAAGAAUGGGAAUCUGCCGAUGAAGACGAAGAAGACGAAGACCUUGCACGGUCUCCUGGCGGUGGCGUCAAACUGGGCGCCAAGCGCGACGCACACACGAAGACGAUGUUGACGACUGAGGAUGGUGCGGAGCAAGAAGUCGCGUCUGGCGCCGAGGAAGGCGAAGGAUGGGAAACCGACAGUGAUGCCUCAUCUGUUGCUUCUGACGAAAUCACCGCUAUCCCCGUCGAUGUGUAUCCUCGACGGGAGAAGCUCGUCAAGCACCGGCAUCACUCUCACCACGACCCACGCCCGCAUCGGAACGCCGACGGGUGGCAUUCCCGCGCCCACACGACGCCACGUGCAGUUUAUCAUGAUGACUUUGAGCUGCAUCUCCCGUCUGGUCGCACCGCCGGACACCGCAGCUUGGCCAAGUACUACCGCCAGAACCUGCGCAACUACCCUACUCCCGAAGAGCGCGCCAACCAGCAGGCUAUUGCCGAAGAUGCGCACGUCUCAUCAGACGACGAGCGCGGUGCUGGCAUCGACGGCGAGGGACGCGGCCGAGAACUCCAACAGCGCGGCGGCCGUGACCGUGGCAGGCAAAUCAUUUCUCGCGCCAACGGCGGCACGGGCAUGCUGGGCGUGACUGAUGGCAAGAAGAAGGAAGUCAGCGCCACCGAGAAGCGCGAGACGAAACGCGGACAACGCGCCCAGGCCCGCUACCAGUGGGGUGUCGAAAAGCGGGGCAAUCACCAGAAACAUUUCAGAGAUCCACUCCUCCAGUAAAUUACCAAACGGUCAACCCCAGCGCUCUUCUUGCUGGAGCCGCGUGUGCUUUCUCUUCCAGUUUCCGGUUCUUUUUUCCUCCUCAGUCGACACAUCUUUCCCCCACAUGGAUUAUUAGGGUUUACCACGAAUUCUCCUAGUCUCUCUCCCUUGGCAGUGUCCAUCUUCUGAUUUCCUUCUCUUGGCAUUAGUCCUCUUUUCCUUGCUCGAUUUUUCUGUCCCUUUUAGAUUAGUGGAUUUCAUAUGAUGGUAGUUAGUCCAUCGUAGUUUCUUUCUCCUUUUUUUCGUUUCGGUAUCCUUACUCUUCGGUAUCUUUACUUUUCGGUAUCUUUUAACUUUUUUCUAUUGGUUAUCACACUAGUACUGUUAUACCAUUUGAAUGUGGUCCGGACUUUUAUCUAGCUAGCUACCUUUCUUCCUACCUUUCUUCCUACCCAUUUCCUCCCCCUUUUUUUUUUUUCCUGUUAGCGCUGC